UUUGAGGUUCACAAAAGAUGUAGCAGUUAUUUUGAAGACUUACUUGCCAAGAAAAUCCAGUGGUUGGUUUAUACUUCUGUAUCCAGUUCUAGGCAAGUGUGGGUUUGCUGAUUUCUGCAUCAGAGGAUUCUGGUGCUGGGGGGGAGGCUGGACAGGGAGAGUCACUCAUCAGGUUGAAUCAUCUGCCUCACAGACACUGCUGGAUCCAGCUGACUGAACCUCUGCACUUCCUUGGAAAUGUACAUUUACUUGAUUCUUUGCUUGCAUUGCAUCAACACGUAAUGAGAAGAUGUGGAUUUUGUCCUAUAAGAAAUGCUUGGUAGUUCUUCCUGAAUGUCACUUCAACGUGAUCUUAAAGAAGUUCCCUUAUUCAGUUUUACUUCUCUUUAUGCGAAACGAAAACAAACAGCUCCACAGUAAGCAGGGCAAGAGAGUAGCCAGUGGGCAAUGAAAACUCUGAAAUUCUAAGUUAGGAUCAAGCCUUUAUGCCAAGGACAAUAUGAACAUAGAAGAGAUUUUCAUCCUGCUACUGGAUCUGUAUUUGGUCUUCCGUGUUCAAGCCAUUCAAGAGAGUAUCCCAAUGAAAAGCUUGAAGUGCUACAAUGACUAUAGUUCACAGGUGACUUGCACAUGGAUGGAGCAUUCAGAGGCUCAUGACCUUGUUGGUAUGAUUCUUUACCAAAGGGAUAAUAUUAACAUGGAGAACGAAGACAUGUUUUGCAAACGCCAGACAGAAAAUUACUUACGUGAAACUCCAGACGUGUAUGUGCACUGGGUCUGCAACAAGACUACAGACUAUUUUGGUAUAGGGGUAGAUGAUAUUUAUGGCUUCAGACCUAAAAAGAUGCUUCAAACAGAACUGGAUGUUGAUCUUUUUCAAAAUGUUCAGCCCCUCCCACCUCAAAACCUCUCAGUCAACUCAAUGACAUCAGGAGACUUCUUGCUGUCCUGGAAAACAGGCAAUGGAGGCCAAGGGUUGGGCAAUGCACUGGACUAUGAAGUCACAUACAAGCAGGAGUGGGAGUCCUGGGAGGAAGCUGUCUCUCUCUUGCUCUCCAACACCACACAUUGCAAUCUCAGCCAUGAGGACCUUGUCCCAGGGAGCAGCUACGUUGCCCGUGUUCGAGCCAGACCAGGGAAGGCCAGCGGCUUCUCUGGACAGUACAGCAAGUGGAGCAUGGAGGUGUUGUGGAACACCACUGAAGGUGGCCUUCAGCCCAGGAACCUUCGCUGCCUCUUCAAUGGUGGAGAUCGUCUGACAUGCAGCUGGGAAGUGAAGAAAGUGAUCACCACCUCUGUCUUGUUUGGCUUGUUCUUCAGGGCCACCUCAGCAUCAGAAGAACAGGAGUGCUCUCCUGUGCAAGAGAAGACUUUGGCCCACACCCUAUAUGUGGUCCAGAGCUGUGAGAUCCCUGUUAACAAUUCCAGCAGCCAGAGCCAGUACCAUGUAUCUGUCCGGGCCAAGACAGAGGACAAGCUCAUUGAAGCCUACAAAAACAUUCAGGUGCUGCCGCCUGCAAAUGUGUCAGUAACAGCAACAAAGAACCAAGAGUAUGAACUAAGGUGGAUAAAACACAAAAUGAAUUACAGCUUCAUAACACAGAGAUACCAAGUCAUGUACUGGGAAAACAACCAAUAUGAAAAGACUCUUCAGGAGUUAAAUAUCAGCAAUGAUGAACCUCCCUUCAUCUUCACCCUGCAAAUGCUGGCAGCAUCUACAGAAUAUAGGGGGAAAAUGCGUGCAAGGGUAAAUAGGCCUCUGGGAUACGAGGGACCUUGGAGUAAAUGGAGUGAGGAGUUCACCUGGAAGACUGAGAAUGUUCUGCCACCUGUGGUUCUUCCAGUGACGCUCCCAGCUGUCAUCAUCACUUUGCUGAUAGUUGCUUAUUGCAGCUAUAAGUAUUUCCUCAGGAAGAAGAAAAUGUGGGAGGAAAAGAUUCCGAACCCCAGCAAGAGUCUCCUGAUCCAGAGCUACCUGGGGAAAGGACAUUUGGGAAGUUGGCCAGCAAGCAACCAGCUGGACUUCAACAAAUACAACCUUUCAGAGAAGAUGGAGCAGGCUAGCUUCCUUCAAGUUGUGGACAGGCAGGUGAAGGCUUUCGCAGAGUGCAUUGAAGGACAGACUAGGAAGACAGAUGUUUCCCCUGUUACAACAGACCUACAAAACUCCUACCAUGCUUUAAAUGAGUCAGAGCACACCUCAGUUACCUGCCCAAGUAUGAGUGCUUGUCAUUCCUUUCCCAUCUCAAGGAGAAACAGUGCUGAUACAAGUAUUGCUUCCCGCACAGCAACCCCUUGCUUUGCUUUCAAUGGUCCAUACUUAUACAGCCCAGUGGUGUCCUCUCACCCUGAUAUAUAUCAAACUCCGGAAAUGGACCCCAUGGGACUCAGUAAGAAAUCGGUUUCCCUUCAAUAUGUGACUCUCCCAAGGGAAGAUUCUCCCCAGGCUCCACAGAAGCAAGAACAGCCAGAAGCAGCUCCUCCAAAGUACAUGUUCCCAGAUCAGAAGGAAAUGAUGCAGCACCUCAAUGACAAGGAAGAAGUCUCGCAGGACUCACAGGCCUGUGGGGAAGGCACUAACAAGGGAACACAGGAGCAGAACUCUCCAAUGGCUCUCAGCUGUACCACGUCUCCUCAGCAGUGCCCCUUGGAGUACAUCGCCACAGACAGCCCGUUACUGCCAUCAGCCAGCACCUCCUCUCAUCCUCCACUCGUCACUGCUGAGGAAUUGCCUCAUGGCUCACAGGAGACCCAGCCUCCCAGUGACCACCCUUGUCAGGAGUUUUCCCUGGAGAAAACGGAUGUCAUGAUCCCAGUUUCAGGCCAAGCACCAACCUCAUCUCCUGAACUGCACCUGGAUAAGUUUGGUGACUAUCUUACUGUGCCUGAAGGUCUCCACGAACAUUCAAAACCCACAAAGAUUUCUUUGCUUGUCUUACAGAAGGAAAAUGGUAUUCCUAGAAAGCAGCCUUUGUCAGAAGAUAACUUGGUGGUGUUAAACCCUGACAGCACUGAGCCAGUUUUCCUUUGCCAGGUUGGUGACUAUUGCUUCCACAGCCUAAAAUCCAUUGUGAAGAUGGAUAAUAGUCACGAAGACCACCAAGUCAAGAAAUUUUCUGAAGGCGAGACAACACUUGGGCAGCCUGUAUAUGAUGAUGAAUCCAUCACAGGCAAGGAAAAGGAUGUAUGGAAGAGGGAAAAAAUACAGGCCAUUCAGCUUUUCAAAAACUUGAAAUCAGAUGAUUACUUUUCCUGGCAGCAAUCUUUAAGGAUCAAAGAAAUCUGUUAAAUGGGUAAAUAUUAAUGAAUACCAAAGAGACAGGUAACUGAAAGAGAUUGCAACUAUUUGGUGAAAAUGAACCCUCAAACCUAGGAACAAAUAAAGACUAGUUCCAUUUUCAAGCUUCCAGUCCAAUGAGUUAAAAAACUUGAAGUAGUUCAAUAUCAUUCUCAGUGAUCUUCACCGAUUUGACAUGAAAGACAACACAAAUAUUACCUUUAAUGUUUUUCAAACAUUUUGGCUUAUCCAUGAUGAACAGUUUAUCCUCCUCAUGAUCCUGUAAUACAUCACAAUCAUCUUGCAAUUAUAUCAGAUUACUUGGCAAAACUCGUGGCAGGAAACGCAGACUUAACAGCUUGAAAUGCUAUCUGAAGAAGACCAGCUUGGAAACCUUGAAAAGAAAAGCUCUAUCCUUAAAAGCAAUUUUGUUUCAUUUCUGUGCACUUGUAAAAUAGCUCUAAAAGUCACCAAGGAACUUCUUGCUUUUCUAUACCUCUGCCUUUCCACUAUGGCAUGAAAUAGGUAUUGUCUAAGGUGAAAGAAACCCAGGCAGUUAUAGAAGCAAAAAUAAAAAAUGAGAAAAAAGUUGUUGAAAUCCAGGAAAUCUUUCUUAAUGUUAAUGUGCAGUAUAUAAUGGUGGAUUCAAAGGAUAAGAAAGAAACAUUACUGGGAUACAUAAAGCAUGUUGUAGAGAACAAUUUGGAAGAAGAAAUGUUACUGAAGGAAAGGGCUCCUAAAGUUCAGUGAGAGGGAGUGGAGCAGAUAACAGAAAAUGGCAGGUAAGAGAUGCUGGGAAAGUGCACAAGCCUGUAACUGCUGGAGUUCUUCUAUUUCUAAAUGUUGCAGUACUAUAUGAUUUUCUUUAAGAUUUAUUGAUUAUGCAUUAUAUACUGUUUAUGCAUUAUAUAUUUCAUCCUAAGGUGUUGAUUGAUUCUUAGUUUGGUUUUUUUCCCUUAAAUAAUGAGAGUUGAGAAAGAGGAGACCUUUUUUCCCAGUUUUGCUGUAUAGAAUGUGGUGCAAGGUAAGAGUAUGUGUUCAGAACUGCUACUCUGUAAUCAGUGAAAAGGCUUUGGUUUCAGUUCUGAAGGUGGACUUGACUUCAAAAAACCAUAUUUUUAUUUGAAAUAUAAAAUCUGUAUUUGUAAACAUAUUAUUUCUUCCUAUAAGUAUUUCAUUUCAUAUGUUAAAAACAUUGUAUUUACAAUAAAAUUACUAUUAUCUCA